AUGCUACACGGUGCAAUACUGUCCAAGGUCAUUUUCUGGUACAAGGUCGCUGUUACGGCUCGUUACGAGACAGAAGGCGUUGUGUUGAGACCGAUCAAGAUUCAACUAGGAAUGUUGGACCUUGAUGAUGAAGAUCAAGCAACACUGCAGAGGACUGUCUUGAUAAGAGAGUUGAGCAAAGCAGAAGCAGUCAUGGAGACCUUUGAAUCUUCUUAUAACGCAAAGGGCGAAACGGCAAGUUGGAAUGCCUCUGCGGUGAGGAAUAUGACGGAAGAGUUGCAGGAUAUUAUUUGGAAGAUUAAGAACGGACACGGGGACUUGACGUAG